GCACCGCACCUCCUUCUUCCGUCCGCAGUCAGAAAACCAUCAGAACGGGACGAACGGGACAUCACCCAACCCCGCGCUUUCCCGCCCAGCUUUCAACCCUCACCCUCACACGUCGGCUCGCGCUCACAAACCUCACCUCAACUGCAGUCAAAUAACUUUCCUCUCUCAUUGCGCACGCGUACUCCACCUCGCUCCCACUCCAACCAUGGAGAAGCAAAUCGUAGACCUUCUCGUCACCGUGCAGUCGGCGGCCGCCGAACCCCGCAAGGCCGCUGAGCAGCAAUUGCACUCUCUCUGGAAUCACCCGGACUACGCACCUGGUCUGGUUACGAUCGCGUCACACGAGGAUGUCCCAGUCGAGAUUCGGCAGGCCGCACUGCUCACCCUCAAGCAAUUCGUGACAUCGUACUGGAGCUCUGCCUUCGACGAGUUCAAAGGCCAAAGCGGUGACACGCUCGUGCCGGACGAAGUGAAGUCGCGGAUCCGAGAGCCUCUGCUCCAGCUUGCCAUCUCUGAUGGCGUCGACCGGAGGAUUAAGGCUGCGGCGAGCUAUGCGGCGAGCAAGAUCGCCAGCGCCGAUUAUCCUGAGCAGUGGCCGGAUUUGCUGGACAGACUUCUGCAUAUCAUUCCGGGCGGCACUGAGGGACAGGUACACGGAGCUCUAAGAGUCCUGAAUGAUCUCGUCGAGGACGCGCUAGGCGAGCAGCAAUUCUUUGGUGUCGCAAGAAGCCUCGUCAAGGUCCUGUACGAUGUUGCAGUUGACGAAAGAAGAAAUCCUAAACUACGAGCGCUGGCUGUCAGCGUCUUCCGCGAAUGUCUCGACACUUUGGAGACUGUGAUGGAGGAACACAAAGCCGAAGUCAAAGCGUUUGCCGAGGAAGUACUGCAGCAAUGGUCGCCAUUCUUCACGCAGGUUAUGAGCUCGCGGCUACCACCUACACCGUCUGAGGAGGAUGAGAAUAACGAGACGCCCAACGCCGAGUUACACAAGAAUAUAGUAGCUCUCAAGCUUCAGGUCGUCAAGGUCUUGAUGCGGAUACGGUCUGUCUUUCCCGCUCUACUCUCCCCGCAAACUCCAGCUCUGUUCCAAGCCACCUGGCACGAGCUUUCAUCAUUACAGGACGCAUACUUUGAGAUGUAUAUCCAGGAUGAGCGGCAAAGCCGGUUAGAAGACUCGGAUGGUCUCCCAUAUACCGUGGACUUCCUCGUCCUUGAGGAGCUCGAUUUCAUGCAGGCAUGUCUGCGGGCACCCCCCGUGCGAUCUCAACUGGAACAGGAACUUCACAACGCACCAGAUACCCAACAUUCAUGGGUCACAGAAGUCAUGAAGGUUGCUGUGGCUUAUGCCCAGAUCACCAACGAGGAGGAAGGCCUCUGGGACUAUGACGUUAACACCUUCUUGUCUGAAGAGUCUAGCGUAACUGCGAACUACACACCUCGAACGGCAUGCGGCGAUUUGGUUAUCAAGCUGGGCGAAUGGUUGCCUCAGCCGACCGUCGACGGGUUGCUGGCAUACACACAAACACUCCACCAGACAGACCAGAUCUGGCGAGCAAAGGAGGCCGCGCUCUACGUGCUCAACCAGUUGCUCAACGAUUUCCAUGAAGUCGACAAAGAGGUCGAUCCUAACGCUGCGAACGGUUUCCUGGAGUUCAUACAUUAUGCCAUGCAACAGCCUAAUCCAUUCUUCCGAGCACGGGGCUAUCUUGUAGCUGGAAGUCUUAUACGAAUAGCAAAGGACGCUCUUCAGCACGUUGCGCCUUCGUUCCUUGAGCGGUGCCUUGCGGCGAUCAGCAACGACGAUGCCGAUGUCGUGCGCGUGUCGUGCAUUCGCGCAUUGCAGUACUACACGCAAGCUCUUCCCCCUUCAAUCAUGAGCCCGUUGCAGGAGACGAUCAUCUCGGCUGUAACCACGUAUUUGAGUAGUCAAAGCCUCGAAGAUCUCGCCGAGAGCGACGACCUCAUGGCAGAACUCGUGAUGACGCUCCGGGAUACCAUUCUCCUUGAUCCCCAGAGAUGCCUAUCGGGGACUGGGUUGGAACAGCUACUGAAGAUCACUAGUCAGUUCGCGGACAACUUCCAGUUGACGGGUAUAGUAUAUGACGCCUUCGAAGACCUCACCCCCAGGCUCACGGGCAUUGGUCGGGACACCUACGAAGAGCUUUGCAGAAAGGUUCUCCCCAUUCUGAAUGAAGAGCUGGUCGUGGGGAACCUCACCGAACAGAUCAACCGCAACACGUUUGCGGCCUCACUCACCUCGGUUCUGGCCGAGCACGGUGUGGAUCCCCUCCCUGACUACUUCACAACUCACAUUCUGCCCAAUGUGAAUCACAUCCUCCUCUAUGCCGCGGACGAAGAGCUAUUGAAGAUGGCAACGGACACGUCGAAGAAUAUCAUUGCGCACGCGCCUAAGAACCUUUUCGACUGGGAGGCCGACCAAGGGAAGACGGCCCACGAGAACCUUGUCAAGAUCCUUUCGACUGUGGAUCGUCUACUGUCCAACCAGGUCAACGACAUGGCCGCAGGUGAAGUGGGCGCACUUGCUGUGGCCAUCGUCGAGAAGGCUACCCCUGACCGGCUGGGACCGUUUCUGUCACAACUGCUCGGUGCAGUUGCAGUGAGGCUGAAUUCGGCGACCCAUGUGCCCUUCAUCCAGAGUCUAACGCUCGUCUUUGCAAGGUUCUGCCUCAAUAAUGCAAAGGAUGUGGUCGACUUCCUUGCGGGGCUGGACGUUGCUGGGCAGAAUGGACUGCAGGUUGUUUUGUCCAAGUGGCUCGAGAAUAUGGUCAGUUUCGCAGGUUAUGAGCAAAUCAGUCAGAACUGCGUUGCCCUCACCAAGAUCUACGAAUUGAAAGAUCCGCGCGUCGAGCAGACGGUGGUCAAGGGGGAUCUGAUAGUUCCCAAAGGUGACGGCCGCAUCAUGACCCGCAGCCGCGCCCGAGCGAAUCCAGACACGUACACUGUGAUCCCCGCGCCGCUCAAGAUCCUCAAGGUGCUCAUCGCCGAGCUCACCCCGGGCGGGAACCGCGAGCUGUCCGCCGAAGAGGCGGCCGAGCUGGCCGAAGAAGGCUCGGGCGACGAAGACUGGGAAGACGAACCCAACGCGUUCCUCGAUCUGACCAGCGGGCUCACCAAGGCGCAGAUCAUGGGCAUGGUCAAGGACGAGCCCGCCGCUGGGCGCGGGGCCGAUGACGACACGCAGCGGUUCCUGGUGGAUUUCUUCACGAGGGCGGCGCAGAACGAGGGGUUCAAGGAGCAGUGGGGGUUGCUGAGUGAGGAGGAGAGGACGAAGUUGACGGAGAGUGCGAGCUAGUCUGGGAGACUGUUACUCUCGACUGAGUUUUCCUGAACAUGUUUGCAGCUGUGUGCGUAGGCCCCAUGGGGCUGGCUAGAUGGAUGGGUUUUUGGGUAUAGGGGGUACGGGCUGUCGU